GAUAUUUCGAUAGGGAGGGCGGCAUCUGGCUGGGGUUAGGGUUCUAGCGGCAUCGCGGCAGGGAAGCGCCUUGGCAAGGAGCUCUCACGUUUUCGCAUUUUCUUGUCCAGUGUGGGAGCUGGGCGAGGGAGACCUUGUGAGCCAUGGCCGAGGAGGAUGAUCUCAUCACCAUUGUGGACGUGACGGACCCGGACGACCCAAGCUACGCCGACGUCAAGACCCGCCGCCGCCCACUCACAGAUGCCGAGCUCGCCACGCUCAAGCCCAUCCUCGAAAAGGUUGGAGCCUACAAGUUCUUCACCAUGGAGUUCAACUUCGCCGACGGCCCGGCCGUGAAGCAGUUCAUCGAGAGCGUGGAGCUGGAAGAGUUCAAGAGGACCAAGCAGCGCAAGAUCGUCCAGGAUGAGAUGAAAGGGACCGUGGCUGGCCGGGAGGUGGUGCUCAAUGCGGAGCUCAUCGAGAAGGCAUUUGGGCUGGUGGACGACGGGGAGAACAUAUCCAAACCGAAAGGAGAGACUAACGGGCUCCAUGCCUUCUACAUCAAACCAAAGUACGUCCAUCUCUGCCAGAACUACCGGGGUGUCUAUCUCAAGCUCUUCAAGUCCGAGUACUCCUACUUCGUCAACAUGGCUCACCAGAUCCAGGCCUACUGCUGUGGAGGCCACUCGGAGCGCCAGAUAACUCUCACCCAGUACCGAGCGAUCGACCUGAUGAUCCGGGGCAAGCCCGUCAACUGGAACCGGUACCUCCUCCAGAACUUCCAGGACAAGCUGCGGAAGUACAAAGCCGGGCCUUGUCCUCUCUACUUCGGUGGGACGCUCACGGCUCUCAUCUACAAGGCGCUGCAGGUGGACUACAGCCUCGUCAACAAGCCACUGCUCAUCUCGCCGCAGACGCCCGAGAGGAUCACUGCAGCGGAUGCCGAGAGGGGGAAGAAGCGCGAGCGGGAGAAGGAGAGGACCAAGGAGCAGCGUCUCAUCAAAGACUCUGGUCCGCCCAAGAAGCGGGAAGCCGUGAGGAGGCACGUCGGAGCCAUGACGAGGGCCCAGAGGAUGCUCACUGGCGAGAGCCUUCUGGACGAGGAGGAGCCACCCGCGGCAUCGGCCAAGCAGCAGCAGGACAGGAAGAGGAAGCGGCUCAAGCAGCGCGUCAAGUUGGCCAAGAAGCACAAGACGUCGGAGAAGGCAUCCGCUGCUCGGGAGCAGUCACCUCCCUACACUCCGGCAUUCACGAUCUCGCCAUGCACCACUGGCGGCGAGGAGGAACCGGUCAGCUCGGGCCCGUUUGAGCUCAAGAAGAGGUUCGGCGAUACUGGGAAGUCGGGCCGCGAGAUCGUCUUGUCCACCGCCACCGAGAGGCUGUCGAGGCUGUACGCACAGGCGACUGGUUCUCCGCGGGAUCUCGACACUCCCCCUCCGGACGACACAUUGGCACUCACGGCCUCCAAGGAGCUGUGGUCCAAGUACGAUCAUCUCUCGAGUCUCCAGCAGGAGUACCAGCUUGAACACAUCGUCUCCAAGCAGAUGUUGGAACAGUCGCUGCAGCGGGUCCAGGAGCUGGAGGACGCGCUCAAGGAGCGAGACCGGAAGGUGACGGAGCUGGAGAGCUCCAAGGCGGUGCUGGAGGAGAAGCUCUCGUCGCUGGCGACCGGGGAUGGCAACCAUGUCAGCUACGCGGACGAGGACGCCGCCGCGCAGGGACCGCUCAAAGUCCGCCUCAAAGCUGGCCAGAAGAAGAUGUCCGCGGAGAACUCCCCCGAGGACGAAGCUCCCGCGGUGGCUAUGGAGGCGGAGAAAGAGAAGGAGGCGGAGAAAGAGAAGGAGAAGGAGAAGGAGAAGCCCACCAGCGAUGAAGCGGUGCCCGAGAACUUGGAGGAGGUGGUGGAGGAGGCCGAGAAAGAGGGCAGCGGCAACGGCAAGGAAUCCAGUGACAAGAGUGACGGCCCGGUGAAAGCGCCGGAGCUGGACACGCAAAAGCUCAAGGCGAUCGAAGAACAGGUAGCGGCGGUGGCCAAGGCGCAGGAGAGCAAGGACGCGGACGCUUGAGAGAGUGAGUUCUUUGUUCUUUGUUUCAUCACACCAUGCAUCGUUCUGUGAUUUAUCAUCCAUGUUCCUUUUUCCAGUUAAAGGUUGAGCUUGACAAUGUAUAAAAUGUAUGAUCAUAGAUAAGGUUCUCUGGAGGAUCUCAAAAGAAUUUGUGGAAACUA